AUGCCUUUACCGCCUCGUAUAGAAGUAGAAAACGAGCAUUCUACAAACACUGCUCAUUCCGUCAAUUCCAUAUUGAUCACUUCAAAAAACCACAGUAGUCAUCAAAACAAUAUGUAUCAUAAUAAGCCAAUAGCGGAGUCGUUAGCACAAUUAAAUCCAGAAUACCCAAUGCCGAAUAGCAAGAAUAACCAUAAUGAUAAAGAAGAUGAGUUUUUGAAUACCAAUCAAGAUACCUUAACAAAUCGCUCACUGACACCAGCACCCCUCUCCGUCGCAGCCGCCACAAGCGACGAUCCUUAUCACGGCAAAGUUGAAAACCCGCAACAACACAAACUUUUAGCUACAUCCGAUUUUUGGCCUUCUCCUCAGCAAAAUUCGUUUCAAGGACACGCUGUCGAAGAUCAUAACCAGCUAACCGUGGGUUCUUUAAAUCAAUUAACUGUCAGUUCUAUGUCUUCCGUUUAUUCCACUACAACGAAUAUUGAUGAAUAUAUAUAUCGUUUGUUAGAUGCCGGAUAUGCAUCCAAGGUAUCAAAGCAUCUCUGUUUGAAAUCUUCCGAAGUAGUUGCUAUCUGUCGAGCUGCUAUGGAUAUCUUUUUGAGUCAACCUACUUUAUUAGAGUUAUCUCCAUCUGUCAAAAUUGUAGGUGAUACUCACGGGCAAUAUACUGAUUUGAUCCGUUUAUUCGAGAUGGGGGGCUUUCCACCUACUUCCAAUUAUUUAUUCCUGGGUGACUAUGUGGAUCGUGGAAAGCAAAGUUUAGAGACCAUCCUAUUACUCUUCUGUUACAAAAUCAAAUAUCCCGAGAAUUUUUUUUUAUUGAGAGGAAACCAUGAAUGUGCCAAUGUAACCAAAGUGUAUGGCUUUUAUGAUGAAUGUAAAAGGCGUUUGAAUGCCAAGAUGUGGCGCACAUUUGUAGAUGUAUUCAACGCUUUACCCAUCGCUGCUCUUGUUGCUGGCAAAAUAUUUUGUGUACAUGGUGGAUUAUCGCCUUCUUUGCAUCAUAUGAACGAUAUUCGACAUAUACAGCGACCUACCGAUGUACCAGAUUACGGUUUACUCAAUGACCUAUUAUGGUCAGAUCCUGCGGAUAUUAAUGGAGAAUGGGAGGAUAAUGAACGAGGUGUAUCCUAUGUUUUUGGCAGAAAAGUGAUCAAUGAAUUUUUAGCCAAGUUUGAUUUGGAUCUUGUAUGUCGAGCACACAUGGUUGUAGAAGACGGUUAUGAAUUUUUUGAUAAUAGAUCGCUUGUUACUGUAUUUUCAGCACCUAAUUACUGUGGAGAAUUUGACAAUUUUGGUGCUAUUAUGAGCGUAAACGAAGAGUUACUAUGCAGCUUUGAGUUACUUACACCUGCGGACCAUCCGCUAGCCAAAGAGAGGCUCAGACAGAGCAAAGCGAAUAGCAAAAAAUAG